AUGUUAGACCUCUGGGGGCCUACGGUUCUCGUGGGGGGGGGGGUGGAGGGGGGGGGGGGGGGGGGGGGGGGGGGGGGGGGGGGGGGGGGGGGGGGGGGGGGGGGGGGGGGGGGGGGGGGGGGGGGUGGGGGCCGGGCCUUCUGUUCGUCCCGAGCGGGGGGGGGGGGGGGGGGGGGGGGGGGGGGGGGGGGGGGGGGGGGGGGCCACCCCCGGGGGGGGGGGGGGGGGGGGCUGGGCCCGGGGGGGGGGCCACCCACAGCAACCCCUACCUAG